AUGUCCUUCCAGAUGACUCGAUUCCUCGUUCUCGCUGCGAUUUUCGGCACCGCAGCCGCUGUUUUGGACCAAUCUGUGGCCGUAAAAGGAACUUUGAUGUGCGGAGAUGAUCCGGCGGCCAACGUCCGUGUGAAGCUUUGGGAGGAGGACGGAGGUUCGCUUUUAUCAGUAUGAAAUGAUAAAGUUUCCCAAAAACUCCUACGCAUAUUUUUCUGAAUUGUUCCAUGACUGCUGGGAAAGUUCGAAAAGGGCACUCUUAAAAUCAAAAUAUCAAGAUGAUUCAGCUGAUCAAUGUUCAUUUUAGCGAACUUGUAGGCUUAAAAAGGUUCGUAAAAAAUUCAUUUUUUCAGUUUCUUGAGCCCUAAAAGAGUGCCUUUUUAUGAAGAGAAAAAUGAGAGAGGAAUUCCAGAGGGAUCCCUAUAGGGUUUAUGGAGGAAAAAACCCCCUAUAAAGGCCGAAAAAGUGGUCCUUAUAGAGUUAAAAUUAAGUUAAUCCCUAUAGGGGUGUAUGGUCUGACCCCUUAGCACCUAAACCUCAAGUGGACCCUAUAGGGUUCUUUCAAUUUUAUCCGAAAAACGCUUGUUCAUUCAAUUUUUCCCAUGGCUAUACUUCUUCGCUUAGAGUUGAUCAAAAUUCACUCUAGGGAUCACUUUUGCAAGCUUCGGUGGCCCCUAUAGAGAUUGGUAAAGUGAUCCCUAGAGGGGACCUUUCAGAACCUUCGAAGGUUGCCUCUAUAGUGAUCUCUUUGGAGUUUUUAAGGAAUUUGAAUGGAGCUUAGAGAAAACGAAGAAUUUUUACAUUUCUAAGGACCUUUCAGGCCGCUGUUGAUCCCUUGCUGCCAAGCCUUUCUGAAAAUUCUCUUCAAGAAUUCCUGGGAUGCUCUAUUUUUAGUUUCAAAUCUACGCUUCUUUGCCUAUUUCCCUCUCAUAAAGCUCAAAAAUAUGUUCUACCACAUGGAAGAAAGGGAACGUCUUUGAAGAAAAAAACAUUUUCUUCGAUUCAAGGCCCCGAUCCGGACGAUUUGCUCGACCAGGGCUACACGAAAGACGACGGCAGCUUCGAAUUAUCCGGAGGAACCGCCGAACUGACGCCAAUCGACCCGGUCUUCAAAGUUUAUCACGACUGUGAUGAUGGUGUCAAGGUAAUCAACGUUCUUCAAUCAAUAAAAAUUAAUUGAUUCAGCCCGGCGCCAGGAAAGUCGUCAUUUACGUCCCCAAAUCCUACAUCACCAAAGGAACCGACGCGAAAAAGACUUUUAAUAUUGGUUUUUCAUCUUGUCGAACUUCUUAAUCUUCUACUUCUUCCAGGAACUAUCAAUUUGGAGACCACUUUUGGGGCUGAAGGACGGGAGCUCGUACUCUCCCGCCAUCGACGUGAACCCGAUAAUUAUAAUUUCCUUGACAAUCUCUUUGCUGGCGUUGACUUUUGA